CAUAUAUGUAUGUAUGUAUUCAAUAUAAUUUUGACUUCUUUAAAUUCCUUGGGUACAAAAAAUAUCUUAAAAUAUCUUGAAUAUAGGCAAAUAAUAUUUCUCUUCAUCUGAUUUUAUUAAAUGAUCUUUUAUUCGAUCCGGUCAUACCGAAUUUUAGAAAAUAUUAGUUAUGAAUUUGGAAAACAUUGAAGAUUUUCCUAUACCCUGUAAUUUUUUUUUUAUUGCUGUAAGAAAUUCAUCAUGGAAUGUUACUCGGGCCAACAUUUUAACAUAGUCAAUUUAGUCGACUGUUUCCAAACUCUGCUAUUAAAAUGUCAUUAAUUCAAAAUGAAUUCAUUCUUCACUGCCUAUUAAUUCAUUCCUUCUUGACUGCCAGUCCUUUUCUUUGACUGCCUAUUAAAGUGUUUUCCAUCAUCCAAGAUAAUUCAGCACUAAUUCUCUUCAUUGUCAAUUUGUAGGUUAGGAAAUGGUCCUGGGAGCAGGUUUGGGCCUCUAUAGUGAAGGGAAAUGGUAAAGCUAUCACAUCUAAAAACAUCUUUGACAGCUGAGUGCUUUGUGGUGACAGUUUGGGGGGGAAUGCCUACAUACUGAGGUGUGAUGGUCAGGUGUCCGAAAACUUUUGACCAUAUAGUGUGACGUUUAACUGCACUGUCAUAUUCAACAGCAGUGUAAUCAUGCUUUCUGGAUCAGUAAGUUAUCCGGAGGAAAGGCAGUGGCUGGGUUCUUUAUAGCUCCGCCCACAUCCAGCAGUACUAACUGAAACGCCAUUGGUUCAGUAAAAAUCCAGCCGCUGUACCUGAAACGCGAUUGGUUCCGAAUCCCGGAACGAACGGAUCCUCAUCAUCGUCUCGCUUGUCCUUCGGGUUUUUGGCGUGCCGUAAAAAUAAAUGAAAACUUUUUUUGUUUGUUUGUUUGUUUUCACGUGUCUUUAUUUCUUUGCAUCUGGACGCCACCGAGAGGUUUACAGCAGGACUACAUUUACAUGAAAGUUCCGGUUCUGUUUGGAGCAGUGUUAGAAGCGUGUUGUUAUUGCAGUGGAUUAGCGAGGUGUCAUUAUCCUGCGUGAUUUCUCUGACACAAUCGAGCUGUGUUUGGAGGAGCAACAAGCUCCUGUAGGACUGAUAGACUCGCUCUGCGGCGGCGAUGUGGAAUCAGCUAGAAGAUCCAGCAUCACACUGCUUUGUUCUCGCUACAUGGAAAUGGAUACAAUGUAUCCGGACACUUCUGUUUAAAUAGCUACAGGAGAUUACAUUUGCGGGUUUUUUUAUUUAUAUAUAUCUAGUAUUUUCUGGACUGUAUUCCGUUUUAGUUUAGCUGGGGGUAAUAUUGUAGUUUAGAAUAAAACAUGGGAACUCAGGUGACGGGGAGGAAAAGAAUCCCGAACCGGGAGAAAGUGUCGGCGGAGGAUGAUGCUCUGAGCCAAAUAGCUCGAGAGGCGGAGGCGAGACUGGCGGCCAAGCGGGCGGCCCGGGCAGAAGCUCGAGAGAUCCGCUUAAAGGAACUGGAGAGGCAGCAGAAAGAGAUCUCAGAUGACGAGGAGCGGAUGUCUGUUGGAAGUCGGGGCAGUUUGAGGCCUACGGACUAUGGGGGGUUUUUGGGCUCCAGUUCCAGAACCUCUUCACGGGCCAGUUCAGCUCGGGCCAGCCCAGUGGUGGAAGAGAGGUCGGACUUCCUGGAAAAGGGAUCAAGGACGGCAUCUACUCUCUCUGCUGCCACUUUGGCCUCACUAGGUGGGGGCUUUUCUCGGAGAGGUAGCUGUGAUACCUCCAUAUCGGUUGACACAGAGGCCUCCAUACGAGAUAUAAAGGACUCUUUGGUUGAGGCUGAGGAGAAGUAUCGAAAGGCCAUGGUGUCCAACGCUCAGCUGGAUAAUGAAAAGUCCAACCUGAUGUACCAGGUGGACACACUGCGAGACACACUAAUGGAGCUGGAGGAGCUGCUUUAUGAGACACGCAGGGAGUGUGAAGUGAAAACAAAGGAGUGUGAUCGAGAGCGGCAUGCUCACAGUGUCCUGCAGUUCCAGUUCGAUGAGAUGAAGGAGACGUUAAAACAGAACGAGGAAUUACUAAAGGAUGCACAACAGUUGCGCUCAAAGCAAGUGAGCUAUGUUAGCGAGAUCUCUGAUCUACAGGAAACUCUGGAAUGGAAGGAGAAAAAAAUCGGGGCCUUAGAGAGGCAGAAGGAAUAUUCGGACAUAAUCCGAGAUGAACGUGAUGCACUGAGGGAUGAGGUUUUCCGGCUCAGGGAUGCUCUAAAGAAACACGGCAUAUCUCUUGGAUCUGAGGUGACAACAAAUGGCGAGACAGGGAGCAACAUGACUAAUGGACCUGAACGCGUAGAAUCAGCUCAGGAUACACCAGCUUUGAGUUCUGACAGUGUUUUAGAGAUCAGACUGAGGAAGCUGGUUGAUGAGAGGGAGAGUUUGCUUGAACAGGUAAGGAAGCUGAAAGCAGUCGUGGAACAAAAGCAGAGGAAUGGCACAAAUGAAGCAGUAAGUCCACAUGAAGAAGACCUCCAGAACAGCCUAGACUCACAUAUCAUCGACUUGCAGAGAGAUGCUAACAGGCAAAUCAGCGACUUGAAAUUUAAGCUGGUGAAGUCCGAGCAGGAGGUUGCAGCUCUUGAACAAAAUAUCAUUCGACUGGAGGGGCAGGUGACACGCUACAAAACAGCCUCCGAAGCAGCUGAGAAAGUGGAGGACGAGCUGAAAGUGGAGAAACGUAAAUUGCAGAGAGAGCUGAGAUCUGCUCUGGACCGUAUCGAUGAAUUAGAGGCCAGCAAUUGCCACCUGUCCAAAAGAGUGGAGAAGAUGAAGGCCAACCGUAAUGCGAUGCUUUCCCAGCAGUGAUGUCGGCGCAAGCUUCAAUGGCCGACCUGGAAACCGCUUUCAUUGGCAUCAGUAGCAUCUGCGCCUCUUAUCCUCAUUUCAGAUUACAGAUCAACCCGAUUUUGUCCACACUACAUCACACACGAUGCUGAAUAACCCAAUCUACGAGCCAUACAAAUUCACUCCGAUAAGGGAAAAUGAUGGCCUACUGAUCUUUUGACUACAGUAUAUGAAUAGAAAUUUCAGGAAAGGAUCCAAAUUAAUACUGACAUUCUAAUGAACAGAAAAGGAAUUUUCACGUGAAAUCCUGAUGUGCAUUGGACAUUUAAAAAAAAAAAAAAAAAAAAAUCUUACUGGAGUGUAAGAGACUUUUGGCUGUGUUGUAGUGUCCCCAGUGUUGACCAGAGUGGAGUGAUCAUAAUGCGCAUUUACACGUGGUCAGCAUAUCAGAUUUUGGCUCCACCUAUCGGAAUAUGCACUUUAUCACAGAUGGUGCCAUCUAGUGGUGUCAAGAAUCCAUUGCGAGGCAAGGAGGAUUGAAACAGGUCCACAGAUAUUCGCGUUCUCAGUGAUUAACCCUCAUGUUCUGUUCACUAUAUACUAAGUAAAAUAUGCUGAUAGGAUUUUUUUUUUCUAUGGUUAAAUGCUCUAACAAUCUAAAGACACAGUAACUUUUCUGAAAGGGAAACCGCCUGUUGUAGAACCUCUAAGGGUUCCCCAAAGGGAUAAACCAACCAACUGAUUUUUUUUUUUUUUUCGCUGAUUGUGGUGAUGGUCUGCACUUAUAUAGCGCUUUUUUUUUAAAACUUGGCAGUUCUACAAAGCGCUUUACACUGUUUCUCAUUCACCCAUUCACACACACACACACACCAAGGGUUAACCCUCUUUUGAAUUUAAGGAAAUAUAUUUGUAAAAUAUGAUUUACAAAACCUGAUAUACACUUUAUUAGGAACACCUGUACACCUGCUCAUUCAUGCUAUUAUCGAUUCAGCCAACCAUGUGCCAGCAGAGCAUUUACAUUUACAUGUUGCGGCAUAUUGUUAGGAUGCUCUUAUCCAGGGAGAUCUUAUUUAUACGUUCUACAUUUGAGCAACUGAGGGUUAAGGGCCUUGCUCAAGGGUCCAGCAGUGGAAACUUAGAAGUGCUGGGAUUUGAACUCAUGACCUUCCAUUCCGAAGUCCAACGUCUUAAGCAUUGAGUUACCACUGCCCACAGCAAUGCAUCAAAUCACAGAAACUUGACAGUUGAAGACUGGAAAAAGACCAGGUGACAUUUUUCCAGUCUUCAACUGCCCGGUUUCAUUAAGACUGUGCCCACUGUAGCCUCAGUUUCCUGUUCCUGGCUGACAGGAAUGGAACGCUGUGGUCUUCUGCUGUUGUAGCUCAUCCACUUCAAUGUGUGAUUUCGUGAGAUGCUUAUCUGCUAUCCAUGGUUGAAAAGAGUGGUUAUUUGUGUUCCUGUAGGCUCGAAUCAGUCUGGACAUUGUUCUCUGAUCUGUCUCAUCAACAAAGUGUUUCCACCUGCAGAACCGCCUCUCGCUGGAUGUUUUUUUGUUUUUUGCACCAUUCUGUGUAAACUCUAGCGACUGUUGUGUGUGUGAGAAUCCCAGGAGAUCCGCCGUUUCUGAAAUACUCAAACCAACCCAUCUACCACCAACAGCCAUACCAUGGUCAGAGUCACUGAAAUCACAUUUUUCCUAAUUCUGAUAUUUAAUGUGAACAUUAAACUAAAGCUCUUGACCUGCAUGAUUUCGUGCAUUACGCUGCUGCCACAUGAUUGGCUGAUUGGAUAAAUGCAUGAAUGUGUAGGUAUACAAGUUCAUUUCAGUUAAUAGUCGUAUUUAAAAUAUGUGUGUAAAUAAACACACAAAAACCCCAUCACGGGCCGGAAGAUCCUCCUAAAUUAGAGAUGGAAGAAUUUAAGAAGUGAUUUUUACUCAUUUCUUAUUUACUUUAUUUGCUGCAUUUAUUUAUUUUUAUUUAAUUUUUUUUUUCUUUAAAAUAAGUGUUCAGUUAUUUUAACAAAUUUCAGCCAAGCACAAAGUUUUUCAUCAAGCAGAACAUUAGGGUUAAUCAUAGGCUGUUCCAUGGAACUUGCUGUUGGAUUCAGAGACAUUGGGCUUCCUCUAAGUAAGGAGGAGACACUGAGCACUAUACUGAUCAUCACCAGCAUCUCCUCUCAGGAGGUGCAGGAAUUUACAGCAUAUCACCUUCAGUGUUUGGGUGAAUGUUGAAGUCAGAUCGAUUGGGUGUAUGUACGUGUUUUGGUCUACGUGGCUUUAAGGUCUGUGUCUUUAUAUAUGAUGCACAAGUGGGUUAUACUUUUUGUUUGUUUGUUUGUUUGUUUGUUUGUUUACAACACAGUGCACAUUACCUAUGAUUCACUUACUGGCGUGCAAAUGAUAAAUAAUGUCUGGUUGAAAAAGGCUGAGUCCACUACCAAGAUUUUAUUUUAUUUUUUUUUUUAAAUCAGUUACAGUGUAAUUCUAUUAAGCAAUAAUUCUCAAAUAUUUUAGGGAAUAUUAUGGGAAUAUGGACUGGCAUCCCACCCUUUGAUAAUGCUGUGGACAAAACUAACAUUGCAGUUCAUUCAUUCAUCUUCAGUAACUACUUUGCUGGUCAGAGUUACAGUGGCUCCAGACCGCUGGGUGUGAGGCGGGAAUGCACCCUGCACUGGACUUGAUUGCAGUCGACUUGCAAUAUAUUAAACCACAUAAGCAAAACCUGUGAUGUGGAAUGAUGUAUCGCGUCAUGUUAAUACCAUGAUGCCAUGACCAAGCAAUGGGUGCCUAUUGACAAUGUAGUAGGUCUCUCUGGUAUUGGUAUUUCGCAGUUCAAUACUGCAGUAAUAAUUAACAAAUUGUACAUUGUGCACUUCUACUUAACAGCGUGUGUGUAUGUUGUUUUAAAAUAUAAAACAAAUAGUUCCAAACAGGAUAUUUAGAUAUAUAACACAUUUAUACCUGAAUGCCUGUUUGUUUGUUUUUAAUAAAUGAUGAUAAGGCGAAAACUGCUCUUCCUAGUGGACUCAGACUUUUGAUCCAACUGCACGCCGGUUACUAUGAGACGCAGAUAAUAUUUCUAGCUAUACUGUAACUUACUUCCUUAAGAGUAUUUCUGAAAUGUUUUUCUGCCUUUGCCUUUGUGUUUCCACAUAUACUUCAUGACAUUCCAUUAUCCCGUGAGUUCCUGCUAGUGACUUGUAAUUUGCUUUGAAUUAAAUAAAUCUAAACAGAACGAAAUCCA